GCCAAAGAAGUUGGGCUUUUCUCAGUUGACAAACCUGAGGAGGAGACGGCCGGACGAGUCCACAGACUACGUCUGUCCCAUAGAGACUUCGUCGCCCGAGUCAGGACAGUCCAUGGCCAACGGGGUGCAGAUGUGUCCGUACGCCGGCUUUAGAGGUCUGAGUCCCAUUCUGGACCGAGAGCCCACCCGGGACCAGAUGGUGAAAGCAGAGAGCACCAUUUUACAAAUAGAAGCUUUGUCUGAAAGCAUCAACAACCUCACAACGUUGUGUAUCUCAGCAGGGCAGCAGACAGGAGCCAAAAACAGGCACAGCAAUCCAUACUGGAGGAAAUUCAAGACCCAUCCUGUGCAUCAGAGAGACCAGCCUCUGAUCUUCUGUCCUCGUCUGAGCUUCGAACAUGGGACAGAAGAUUAGCAGCACGACGUCUAACGAUAAGCGGAACUCAAGUUUCUUCUCCUUUAUAAAACGCUUCUCGCCCCAAAAGCCCUCCUUGGACAGCAGCAUGUCGCCAGUCAGCCCCAACGAUUUCACACGUCUUAUUAGCAACUGCAUCUCUCUUGCAUCAACCAGAACCCAGGAGUACCUGGUCUUCAAAGAUCCGGAGGGAAAGCUACAGCCGAGUCCUCUGGCAUUAACUCAGGUCUUUCUGAUGACUUACAUCACUCAAAGCGUUAACCUCGACCUCACCGACACCUUCAACUGCACGGCCAUGACACCCGAGCAGCGCAUACUCCUGGGAGCCGACUGGGUUUGGGCCAUCCUGGAGAAACCCACCAAGAACCCUAAAGUACAGAUCGCAGUCCAGGUCCUCCACCUGCCCGAAAGAGAGGAAGCUGAAGAGCAAGCCACCGCCGGAAAGCCCGUCAGCGAGUCCAUCCAGAUGGCCAGGACGGAGUCCAGGAACAAGAACGCGUACGAGUGCAUGGUGGAGUUUUGCACGUCCAUCGGCAAGGACUGCUACGCCCUCUUCUUGUUCUUUGGAAGAAGGGAUGACAAGGCAAAUAUCUACGGCGUCCUGAGCAACAACUUUGCGGCAGCUGUUGGAAAGUGUGACACAAUAGACAGAGCUCUACUUGAGAACUUCUUCAAAGGUUCGAGGUGUUUCCAUUCGCCCUUGGGAAUGAUGCAGGCCGUUUUCACAAAGAAAACAGAUGAAGCGCUCACUCUAAUGAUUAAAUUCAGCUGAAGAUUUGAGGAACUGACACAUGCAGUUAGGACUAAUGUAGGAAGUUUAUCGGCCAAUAAAAAUAGACGGCCACUGAGAAGGUUCAGGUUAGAUAUACACUAUAAAAGUAAAGUAAAGCGCUGCAUUAGUUAGAUCACAUCCGUAGCUGUUGGCUGCAAAGCAGUAGAAGUCGGUUUUAAAAUUGGUCAAGAAGAAGUGAGCAUGUUGUUUACUAGUUAAAUGCAUAAAAUGUACGUAAAUCGACAGCUAACACCUUGUAUUCCUAACAACAGCUGACUUAGUCUAAAACAAAGACACUGGAAAUUACAGCAUGUUGGUUUUCCUGAUUCGGUCUGGAAAUCCUCACUAUAGUGCAUUCCAUUAAUUUUCAAAUUCAGAAAAACACGCUAGAGCGACAAAUUGAUUUCCAACUUCAACAUUUUGUGGGUCCUUCCCAACCAUGACAUCAGAUAUGGCUGCUAGGAGUAUAAAGACAUAAAGGCUACAGUAAUAAACUAUUUAUUUGAACUUCUGUUGUAUGAUUUAGGUCAUAUUGGACUAUAGAUGAAUCUGAAUGUGACUGGAUUAUUCUGGAUUAUCAUUGGAUGGAUUUAUAUUUCAUUUAAACCGACAUAACUCCAUAUAAACUUGACUUUGUCUUGUAAAGUUUCUUGAGAUGACAUUUGUUGUAAUUUAGAGCUAAAUAAAAACAAACUAAACUAAAUCCCAUAUGUGGAUUAAAACCUCCCAGUCAAUGGGGUGUAGGACAAACAUGAUGCUAAUUCUCAGUUAACUCAGUAAAUAUUUUAUGAAUCCAUGGAUUUAUAAAUAUUUAGCAUACAAAGCGGUUUAGAGUGGAGAAGAUGGUAACGAAGGAGGUUAUGAUUGCCAAACUGACACGAAUUAGAGUCUUUAUAGAGCAAAGAGAAAAGUCUGUACUCAUUUACAGUUUAGGCUCAAAAUAAAAAUAUAACAAGAAAGUAUCUGAUGUUGGCUGCAUAAACUAGCAGAAAACUCAAACUUAUCACUGUGGACUUAAUUCCUUCAUUGGAAAUGAUAUCAAAUGAAAGAAAAAAAUGAAAGUAGCUCUUAAAACAAAAAAAUAAUUGUAACAUUUUUUCUUAUGAUCAAGUAAAGGAAAAAGUAAUAAAUAAUAAGGGUGAAAUAUUUCUAGGGUUCUGAUGUUCAACAAUUUUGGCCUUUACUUUGUCCUAAACUUUAAGAUGCAUGUAAAAUUGUGAAUUAACUGCACCUCAAAAGUCCUAAUUGUGCACAAAACACUGUGCACUUUUACUAUUACCAUCUAUUUUACCCAUUACAAAUGAAGGUAAUCCCUUCCAUUUGUCCCAAAAUUGUUCUAGUAAAACAUAACUCUUUUCAAAUAUGUAAAAAGUCUGUUUUUGUUAAUGUUUGUUAAUGUUAAUAAUAAUAAUAAAAAAAUGAAAACCACAUACAGUCAACAACCUGCCUACUGCAGUAUGCAGAGACAGGUUGCAGGAAGUGGCUUUGUAACUUUAAUAUGUUUACCAGCUGCAGAUAGAAUUACAGUCCGUCUCACGAGGCGCUUUUAUAAGAGAUGACUUAACAUGGCUUUUGGUUUUACUUCAAGUUAGUCUCGCAAUAUGUGAUUCGCUGCCAAGUUGGUCACAAAGUGUGUCUUUAGAAAAGGAUUUGUGUCACUCGUAGCGUUUAUUCAUCAGCAGCUUGACAGGAAGAAGGGCAGAGAGGACAUGGAACCUGGCGUAGCGUGUCGAGGACCGUCGCCUCUUUGCACUGUGGACUGGCUCUUCCACUGAACUACCUGCUGUCGCGCAAAAUGUAUUUUGUUUAGUUUCCAUGUCUAAUCACACCACUGUGCGACCAACAGCACCAAUGUUCACACAUGGGAUACUUCAGGAGUACAUUGAAGCACCUACGACCAUAACAGGCUUUACAACAUGGAAUACACGCUGAGGUAAUUGCAUUGCUUGUCUAAGAAAUAUGUAUUAGUUCAACUGUGCACAGUAAGACUGCAGCAUAAGCCCAGUUAAUUUUACAGUGACUGCUAUUGUUUGCACAAGUGUUAAAUAAAUGUUAAUCCUAAUAUUAAGGAGGCUCUUGUUGUAAAUAGUUUAGACCGCAACAGCUCCAGCUGAAGGCUGCAUUAGCAGUUUGUGUGAAUGUGAAGCAUUACCAACAUAUUAGGAGGAAAUGACACAAGAAAAGUCCACAGAAACCAAUAAUAACUCAAGUCAUUAAUAAAUUUGGCAUUUUGUGACAAAGUUGCUGAUUUAAGUAGUAGAAUGGGGUCUGCACAGAUGGAUCUAAAAUGACAUUUAAAUUUUUUCAACUUGUUACUUUGAUUUUCUUUUUCAAUUAAACUUCCAAGUUUCCAAAAGCGCAGCAUACUGUGUCGGUGUCCUUCAGCUAAGGAUGCAACGGUGUAUAUUAAACCUUGAUUUGGACUCAUUGUUUAGAUUCUGUGCAUGGUUACCAUUUUGAAAGCAAUGAAAACAACUUUUAUUUAAUUGGAUUCUAUCUACCACGUGGUUAAGCCCAAACUUAUUGGGCAGAUUUCAAAUUACAAUUAUUUUUCCUUCAACCAGGAAAACCGUUUCAUACGGGAACUGAGGCAGGCAUUCCUUAAAAACUUGGAGGCAAAAAAAAAAAAGUUUUCAUUUUUAAUUUUAUUUUUUUUUAAAUGGCAUUGGAAAAAAACAAAAAACAAAACAACAACAAAACGAUAUCCUUCUCAAUGAUUGGAAAAAUCUUUAUUGGCAUUGCUGCCAUCAAAACAUUAUUGUUAGCCGAGCAUCUCCUUCCACGUUUCCACUGAUGUUUUGACUAUAUCUCUCUACUGUCUGUGAAGAUGGAAAGCCUCGUUUCCAUCACCCUAAUUUUUAUCUGCCUCCCCAGAUUUCAGUCAGGACUCUGGUUGGGCCACUCUGAAGCAUGAAUACAACUUUUAGUCAGAAAUAUGGUCAAAUAAAAAGAUCACCUCAUACACAAUUCUACCCGCAGGCAUAAAAAAAAAUGUUGUACUUCGCUGCAUUUCAAGUAAACUUAAAGUGAUACAUUUUAACUUAAAGGCACAGUUAGAAAAGUAACCUCUUUAUUUACAUACACAACUUCCUGUAGAUUUUUUUUUAUAUAUAAAAGUAUGAAAAGUUUCCUAUAAACUUCAGUAAAACUCAUCAGCUUCCCUCUUCGUGUCAGCAAGGAUUUUUUUU